AUGGCAAGUGUGCAUGAAAGUUUGUAUUUCAACCCAAUGAUGACGAACGGAGUGGUCCACGCUAAUGUUUUUGGAACUAAAGACUGGGUCAGUCCUUAUAAAAUCUCCGUGUUGUCUUUGCUGUACGAGAUGACAUCGUCGUCGAAGAUUACUCUGCCGGAAAGAAGACGCCUGAACAAGCUUAUUUUACCUCUCCAGCAGAGCUCGGACGUGUCUCUUGGCCAUUUCCUCAAGACUGUGGGAGAGUGUUGUUCUGAGACUGCAUAUUCCGUCAAAAUAAGGCUUCAUGAAAUGGUCAACGGAGAGCUGAGAGACAUGGACUGUUUCUUUUCCACUCUGCCUACUCCCUUCACGGCUUUUGAUUCAGAGGCGUAUAAAACAAGUGUUGUGGGUCUUUUCAUGAGACACAUGUUGCUGGCCUAUAAUAAGCUUUCCUUCAGUCAGGUGUACAAGUUGUACAAGUCCCUCCAGCACUACUACCACAAUAACGAUCCCAAGCCCACCGAAGGCCAUAUGUGUUCAAUGGCAAUGGCUGUUGAUGAUUGUGAUAUGGAUCUCACCAGCACUGAAGAUACGGUUGGGGACCGACUAGACAGAGACGACAAGGACAACUUUUUAGACCAAUCAGAAAUUGGGCAUGAAAUUACACCAAGCAGAGGUCCCCUGUCACAAAAACAGGCAGAGUACUUUCUUGCGAGACAGGCAUACCUUCUGAAAAAUGACGAGUGUAAAGCUCUGAAGCCUGCAUUGCUGCAAGAGGAACUCAACAACAUGCUGAAGUUUAACCCAGACUUUGCUGAGGCGCACUACUUGAACUAUCUUAACAGCAUCAGAGUACAGGACAUCUUCCUUUCCACCCACAGUCUCUUACAUUAUUUUGACCGCCUCAUCUUGUCUGGGAGUGAAGGAAAGAGCAAUGGAGAAGAAGGCUACGGCAGAAAUCUCCGUUACGCCACCCUCAACCUGGCCAGCCUCCACUGUCGCUUCGGACACUAUCAGCAGGCUGCUCUAGUUCUGCAGGAAGCCAUCCGCAUCGCCCAAGAAUCUAAUGACCAUGUCUGUUUGCAGCACUGUUUGAGUUGGCUCUAUACACUGGAACAGAUGAAGGGAUGCGACAGCACAGUUUUAACGGAGGAUUCUGUCAAAAUGGCUGUUCAUUUCUGCCUGCCGUACCUGGCCUCACUAGGCAUCCAGUCUUUGGUCCAGCAGGGGACAAGGCAAGGGAAAACUGCACAUAAACUGAUGGAUGCGCUGAAGGACACGGACAUCCUCCACUGGAAGCACAGCCUGUCGGAGCUGAUCGAGAUCAGUUUGGCUCAGACAACAUCCAUAUGGAGGAUGUACGGCAAAAGCACGAUGGCUCUGCAGCAGGCCCAACUGCUUCUCCACAUGAGCAGCUUGGAACCAGUCAAUUAUGGGGUCCAGCAGAACAACACGGAGCCCUUCAAUGUGGCUCUCUGCCAUCUGGCUGAGUUGCAUGCUGAGCAGGGCCUGUACGGUGCAGCUUCAGACAUCCUCCAGCACCUGAAAGAUCAGUUUCCUGCUCACACACAGCAUGCCAAGCUCUGGAUGCUAUGUGACCUAAAAAUCCAGUUCGAAAGGCACAUGAUUGAGGGAAAAUACAACUUGGCAGAGCAGCUGAUCACGUCUAUUUCUGCUUUAAACAAAACCGAGGGUCUCUUCAGGAAAGUCCAAGUUUUAAAAGUUCUUAAUCGAACCACUGAGGCUUACAGCAUCUUGCAGCGACUGCACAUGCACUGCGAAAAGACCAAAUGCACAGAGACAGUUAUCAGAGUUAUGCUAUCUACAGCUGAACUCCAUUGGGAGUCAAAUGGUUUCUCGACAGCCCUUCCUCUCCUCUUCCAAGCCUUGGCUCUGGCCCGACAGCACCACCUACAGUCACUGGCCUCAGAGACGCUCCUCCACUUGACCUUCACACAGUUGAUGUUGGGUGUACCUGAGAAGGCUCUUCUUGUCUUGCAUGAAGCCAUUGAGCCUGUUCUGGCGCACGGAGCGCUGGUGGACAAAGGUCGCGCACUGCUGCUGGCAGCCCGCUGUCAGAUGGCUGUUGCUGGAUUUAGGCCAGAUAGUCAAGGGCAAGCAGUUGCUGUUUCGGCGGUGGAGAUGUUAAAUGAGGCUGCUGCCUAUUUCACCAAGUUAAAUUGCAAAGAGCACCUGCGAGAGGUCCACUACUUGCAGGCUCAGCUCUACAAUUCUUUGGGACAAACGUCACAACGCAACAAAAGUGCCAUGCUCUUUCGCCUUUUGGACCAGGAGCUGCGGUCACCCGCACUCCCACUGUCUAUGCGUCUCUAA